AGCUGAAAAAUUUCCGGAUCGCCAUGACUGAGCUUGCAUUUGCCAGUCCUGCACUUCGUGGUGCGAGCAUAGGAGCUCAGGCACAAACCUUGCCAAAGGAAGGGGCUUUGUCGACCAGUUGGCAGCCGCUGGCAAACCUCGCAACAGCUUCUGUCUUUUUAGGUGCUCUUGGAGCUGCACACUCAAGGAGACGAACGCGCAAUGCGCUUCGAGAUGUUGUGAAGGUUCAGGCGGUCGAUGUAGAUGUUGAGCAGAAAGAGGCCGUAGCAUUGCGGGAUGGCCAGAAUGCCGAGCUUGGUGAAGUUUUGGAUCAGGAGUAUACGGCAGGCUUCUAUACAGACAUUGAGUCAGAGUCCUUGCCGAAGGGCCUUAACGAGGACAUCGUUCGGAAGAUCUGGGAGAUUAAGGAGGAACCAGACUGGAUGCUAGAAUUUCGCCUGAAUGCCUUCAGGAAGUGGAAAAGCAUGAAGAUGCCAGAAUGGGCACACUUGGAGAUGGCAGAGAUUGACUUUCAGGACAUUGUAUACUACUCCAGACCAAAGUCAAAGGCCAAGAAGCAGAGCCUCGACGAGGUGGACCCCGAGCUUCUGAAUACCUUUGAGAAGUUGGGCAUCCCGCUUACGGAACAGAAGCGCCUGGCCAACGUGGCGGUGGAUGCGGUCUUCGAUAGUGAGAGCAUUGGCACAACCUUUCAGAAAGAACUUCAAGAGGCAGGAGUCAUUUUCUGCUCCAUCAACGAGGCAAUCAAGGAACAUCCAGAGCUGAUCAAGAAGUACUUGGGCUCUGUUGUUCCAACUGCUGACAACUAUUUUGCUGCUCUGAAUAGUGCGGUCUUCAGCGAUGGAUCCUUUUGCUACAUCCCCAAGGGCACCACGUGCCCGAUGGAGAUCUCCACCUACUUCCGCAUCAACAACAAGGAGUCUGGUCAAUUUGAAAGAACCUUGCUCAUUGCUGAUGAGCAGAGCUAUGUCUCAUACUUGGAAGGAUGCACUGCACCAAUGUUCGACUCAAAGCAGUUACAUGCUGCAGUGGUGGAGCUUCAUGCUGCAGAGGGCGCCGAGAUCAAGUACUCCACAGUGCAAAAUUGGUACGCUGGUGAUAAGAACGGAAAGGGUGGAAUUCUCAAUCUGGUCACAAAGCGUGGUGUGUGUGAGGGGAAGAAGUCCAAGAUCUCCUGGACCCAGGUUGAAACUGGCUCCGCUGUCACCUGGAAGUACCCAUCCUGCGUGCUGAAGGGCGAUGGAUCGAUUGGCGAGUUCUACUCUGUGGCUUUGACCAACAACUACCAGCAGGCUGAUACUGGGACAAAGAUGGUACACCUCGGAAAGAACACCAGGUCCAAAAUCAUCUCCAAAGGCAUUUCCGCUGGGCAUUCCAAGAAUGCGUACAGAGGUCUGGUGGCAUUUCGAGGAAAUGCCACUCAGGGCAGGAACUUUUCACAGUGUGACUCGCUGCUGAUCGGGAACAAGGGCGAGGCCUCCACCUUUCCUUACAUAGAGGCUGCUGAUGGGAACAAUCAGGUGGAGCAUGAGGCCACAACCUCAAGAGUCUCUGAAGAGCAGCUCUUGUACCUCACAAGCCGGGGUCUUGCACCUGAAGAAGCUGUAUCCCUCGUCAUUAAUGGCUUUUGUCAGGAUGUCUUCGACCAGCUGCCCAUGGAAUUUGCCUCGGAGGCUCAGAAGCUCCUGUCACUCAAGCUUGAAGGUACAGUUGGAUAGUCAAGCAAUCGCCAUCAAUCCAAAGCCUCCCGUCGAGUGCAGUGCGCACCACUGACAGACCCGACGGUUCAAUCAACCAACUAUGAACAUGUUGUGUGGAUAAAAACUAGUACCACUAGAAACACCAGAAGAACUCGAUGCAGUUGAAGGAUUGAAACAUUGUGGUCAAAGGCCGUCUCACAGGUGCCGCAGCAAGCCAUUGAAUUUGGUGUGCUGAGCGCAUGAGUCUUUUCCAGAUCCAGUCCGGUGUGGAAUCAAUGUCCAGCCGAUUUGAAUGGGUCUUUAUGCUCUCACGCAGACAUUCUGGGCUGAAGACAUGUGUUUCAAAUACCCGUG